UUUUGAAUUAUUGAAUGGCAUACAAACCUGUGGAUGCCGUAUAACAACAUUAAAUUUAUUAUUUUAUUUGACAAGAGAGAAGAUCCUUUUCUUGUAUUGCUCCUUUGGUUCCUACCAAAAAUCAACACUCACACCAACCCCUCUCCAAAAACCCCACGAAAAGUCUUCCAUCUUUUGUCUCCUAUUUGUGAUUGAGAGCGAGCGACCGAGCGAAGGAGAUGGAAACAUGAGAACAGAGCAGGUAAGAUCGAUGGCAGCAGACACAAGAGGGAAACAUAGGAUUUCUGCUGCAUUGAAGAGACUUGAGCAAGAAACUCAUUCCAUACAAGAAGAGGUAGAGCAACUUGAGAAAAUGGGAGCAGCUUCAGGUGUAUGCAAGGAGAUUCUCAAUGACGUUGAAACAAGGCCGGAUCCCCUGCUCCCCACAACAAAUGGUCCAACAACUCCGUUAUGGGAUAGAUGGUUCGAAAGGCCACAAAAUAAGUCUGAUUGUAGAUGCCGGAUACUGUGACCAUGGAUUGUGUCAUUUUAUAAUAUCAUGUAUAGAAACCAAUGUUGUUUUGACCAAGUACUAUACUAGACGGACGUCCGUGAAGAAACGGCAAAUUCACCAACUUUUUUCUUCUUUUCUUGAGCUAACAGGUGAUGCGUUCUGGUAACAUGGUGUUGUACUUUCAUGUUUGUUGAAUGGAAUAUUUUGUCA